AUGUCGAGCCCAAUCGCUCGCACUAUCCUGUCAUUUCAGACCAAUGCAAAACUGUGCAAUCUCUCCACAGUGAUAACAUCCAUCACUCCUUUCGCGUCGCUCGCAGAAGCCAACCGGCUCCUUUUCAAGACCGCCGCCGAAGAUGACUCGGUGGUCACCACCAAGGAAACCAUUUUCCACCCUCAAGGCGGAGGCCAGCCAUCCGACGUCGGUGAAAUAACAUCUUCAACAUCGGGGGCAAAACUCGCGGUUUCUAUGGUGCGGAUGGACGCCUUAAAUGAAGGCCAAGUUCUCCACCUCGGCCGCUUCGAGUCACCGGACAAAAUUUUCAUCACCGGCGAAACGGUCACGCAGAGCAUCGACGUGGAGAAGCGAUUGCUCUACUCUCGCUUGCACACUGCCGGCCACGUGCUGGGUUCGGCGGUGAGACAUCUUCUUGAAGAGAAGAUCGAGGGAUUCGACGAGCUCAAAGCUUCACAUUUUCCUGACUCAGCGGCUUGCGAAUUCCAGGGCUUGAUAGAAGGGAAAUGGAAAGGGGACAUCCAGGAGAAAUUAGACGCGUAUAUCAAGGCUGCUAUGCCCGUGGAGAUCGAUUUCUGGGAUGAGCAUGACUUCAGGAAGAAUGGGCUGGAGAGAUUGAUCCCCACUGAGGAGGGUGUCAAGUUGGCACCGGGCGAGAAGUACCGAGUUGUUAGGAUUGUCGGUGCUGAGGUCUAUCCUUGUGGCGGCACACAUGUCGACGCCACGGAUCAGUGUGGCAAGGUCGGGGUGAAGAAGAUCAGUCGCAGUAAAGGGACAAGUCGGGUUAGCUACAAUGUUAGCUAG